UCUUCCACAGAAAAACAACACGCUCUUCAGUCACUUCCUCAGAAACAAGCGUGAGCGUGACAGAACAGGUGCGGUGACUGAAUGAGCACGGGCUGCUUUAAAAACACCUGAGCCCACAGGGGACGUCACACAGUCACUGCAGCAGCAGCUCAAAGACAAACCUGAGCGAGCGUCUUCCAGCCGGUCAGUCUUUAAGUUCUCACAAACAAUGUCUUCACAAAACUUCACCGCGGUGGACCAAGCGGACCAAGCGGACCUGGAGUGCAUCGUGUGCUGCCAUGAGUUCUACCGCAGGAGCCGCGUCCCGCUCCUCCUCCACUGCAAACACACCUUCUGCGUCCACUGUCUGCAGAAAAUAUCCAAGCAGGAGGAUUGCAUCCGCACCAUCUGCUGUCCUCUGUGCCGCUGGCAGACGUGCAUCCUGACCGGGAAGGACCUGGACAGGGUCCUGUACGUGGACUACAAAAUCUGGGAGCAGAUUCCAGAGGAGGAGCCGCGGAGGAUAGACAAUAAAGUAUCUGAUCCUCAGUCUGGUUUCAUGUCCACAGUCAAGACACGACGACCGCGUGUUGGUCGGAUGACAUCUCGGCAGCAUCUGUUGUCUUGUGUUUUUCCUGAUUUAUUGAAAUAAUGGGAAGCAUAAACGUUUGAAGUAUCUGUGAAGAAAAAUCCUUUUUGUCAAGAGAUAAUGGAUAAUUUUCCUGAUUUGUUUAGGUUUUGAUGGCGUUGUUUUUCUGAAAUAAUGACUUUUUUUUCUGACUUCUUUUUGUUUUUUCUAAGUUACUUCUAUGAUAGGAAAAAGAAACACAAUGUCAUUCAUUUAUCAAAAACACUGAUGGAAUCUUCUUCCAUGGCUGAAGCCUCACGAUACAGAGCUUCACUUAACUCUCUUGUUUGUUACUUUUCGUGGUUGCUCGCGUUCACGUUUGAGUGAUUUUAUAUUGUUUCGCAAUUUGUAUUUUUUAUUUUUAAUGUUAUUUAAUAUUUGUACUUCUUUUAAUGUAACUUUACCAUGAAAAUGAGCCAAGUGCAGUGUUUACUGAUGUGUAUUUAAAAAUAA